AUGCCCUGCCCAUCCCCCGGCGAAGGAGCCCAUCCUUCAUCAGUCGACAUUGCCCUCGCCCUCUCCACGCAGAAGCUGGAUGAAGAUCACUCAACAUUGAAGAUACCACCAACAUACAUACUCACGCACACACACGCGUAUAUCGCACCUCGAAUCCUCCAACACACAACUAACAACCCAACAGGAACAGCAGGCCUAGGCAAAUCCACGAUCCUCGCCCUCUUAGCCCACAACCCAUCCCACAUCUACUUCUCCGGUCGCUCCCACUCCUCCGCCAAAGUCCUCAUCGAGACCGCCGCCGCAGCCGCCGCAUCCUCCUCCUCCUCUCCAUCCUCAAAGUCUUCCACGCCAACCACUGACACUACAACAACAACCAUCACGGCAACAACAACCACGGCAACAAUCCAGCCCCCCCUAACCUUCGUCCCCCUAGACCAAACCUCUCUCCCCUCCAUCCGCGCCGCCAUCAAACAACACUUCACCCACACCCGCCUCGACAUCCUCAUCAACAACGCCGGCAUCAUGGCCGGCGCCCCCAGCCUCUCCGCCGAUGGCUACGAGAUCCAGUUCGCCACAAACCAUCUCGGCCACGCCAUGCUCGUCCGCGAGCUGCUCCCCGUUCUACAACGCACCGCCGACGGGACCUUGUCCAGUGGCGACGAUGGCGAGCCACCAGCCGAUGUCCGCAUCGUGAACCUCACCUCUGUCGGAUACCAGGCCCACCCGAGCGACGGCAUCUCCUUUGCGACGCUCAAGACGACGCAGGCUGGACCGCCGGUCCUAGGACAGUGGAUUCGAUACGGCCAAAGCAAACUCGCAAACAUCCUCUACACCCGCGAGCUCGCCCGCCGCCACCCGAAAAUCACAACCGUCGCAGUCCACCCAGGCGUCGUCGGCACCGGCCUCGUGACAAACCAAGGCCGCCUCAACCGCCUCCUCGUCUACCUCCCCAACAAGCUCAUGGGCUCCCCGGUCCUCACGCCGGAGCAAGGGUGCUGGAACCAGGUCUGGGCCGCCGCCGCGGCGAAGAAGACGGACCUCGUCAACGGGGGGUUCUACAUGCCCGUCGGGCACCUGGCCGACGACAAGCUGGACAAGACGGCGACGGACGACGAGCUGGCGGGGACGUUGUGGCGGUGGACGCAAGAUGUUUUGGAUGGGGUUUGA